UUCUAUAUUAAUCCCGAUUCGCGUCUGCCUUACUCGCUCUGUGUAAAGUGGUUGCUGAUUAGUCAUCCAGAAGAUGAAGGACUCUGGCAAGAGCCUCAAAUCAAACGGCAAGCCCUCGUCGGAGGUGAGGAAAGAUCGGAAAUCGGCGACGGGGAUGAACGGAUCGCCCAAGAAGGGAGGUCAUGGAGGCAAGUUCACCUGGAUCGGCAACGGCUACUCGGAGGCUGAGAUCGGACGCGACCACGUGGCCUUGGAUGCGAAGGACCCGAACUUUGAAGAUCCGGAAGAGGUCGCCACUGCCUGAUGCUGAUAACUGGCGAUGAUUUGGUGUCUCGUUUGCGUAACUUCCAGAUUUGUAUAUAUUUAAUUAUGACUUCUGAGAGAUGAUGGUGCAUGCUUCUGGACUAAUAAACUUAGACUGAGAGUAGAUGAAGCGUUUCGAACACGUUUUCGGGUCUGGAUCUGCUUAAUGCUUGAUCCGGUUGUAAUCAUGUUUCUUUGUAAAUAGGAUCAGAUUCAACUGAUGCAAUCCGAACUGCUUUUGAAAA